ACACAAUUUCUCACGGGGAGUGUUGUGUACAUGACAGAGUGCGUAGCGUGAGUAAGAAGCGAAAAGGAGAUUAGAUCCGACGAGAUUUCGUGCGCCGACCCACGUCAUCACCUGACGCCAUCCUCACGAAGCACCUUACACUUCAGCUUUUAAAAUAUCAUGCGUAUCGGACCAAAACAACUAACCAAUAAAAAAAAACAGGAUGCGUCUCCUAAGAUCUUUGUGCUUUAAAAAUUUUAAUCUUAAAACAACAUCUUUUUAAAAGCGCUUUAAGGAUUUUAGGGAGCGGUUUGCCAAAUUGUCGCGGCACAGGUUGAAAAGCGCCCAUUUUUCAUUGAUUCCGGCGUUUUAUAAGUCUAUAUCCGGCAUUUUCUUAAAGCUAUCACAGUUUUUGAUGUCCUUGUGUUCAUUAACAGGCAAAAAGGCCCAUCAAACGAACUGUUAAGUAGCCACUAGUCUAUUUCAAAUUCAUAGCCUCGGUUUGCAAAUCACAUGGUUGUUAUGUUAAAAUAGAUAAACACACUAAUUGACAAUAGCUAAAUGCAAAAUCUUGUUACGGUUAUUGGGUAUUUGGCUCAAGGGGCUGUUAGCAUAACUAUAGUUCACCGACCGUAUAAGCGAUUGUUCUAGGUCACUCGACCCAAUCACAUCUCCGACCUUGAUCAAGAUGUAUUGGUACGCAAAUGCAUCGUACGCGUAACAUAAACGAGUCCAAGACACCGGCCUUCCUGUUACUGUCGAGGUGUUAGCGGAAUCCUAGUUAAUUACACAAGGGGUUUCAGUACAAGACACUUUCAAAUGCGGAAAGCCAUCGAUAUAAAGGGAGCGGGUCUUCGUGGAUCGUGCGUGUGCCUGUUGAUUUACAACUGACAAAUAUAAGCCGUUAUCAACAAACCACGCGAUCCUUCAGGCCUUGCCUUCUUGGCUGAGUCGAGGAGACGGGAAGAUAAGUGCGAUAAAACAGCUAAACUGGCCGAAUAAGCGUCGCUUGAGUAGUUUAUUGUGUGCGCAAAUCGCAAGAAAAAGACUGGCUUUCUAAUGGGAAAAGCUUCCUGAAGUAUCGCACUGCAAAUACAAAGCGAAGGAGCCCUGCAUUGAGGUACACCAAAAAGAAAAUACCCUUUUACUUCAAGGGGAAUAGGUAUAUUUUGAUUUUGUUUAUAACCCUUCAGGCAGUGGUUGUAUAUAUAAUAAGGUGAUUCUGAAACAACAAAAUGAAUUUUUCAGAUGCAAAAACUGAUUUAAAAAGAUAAGUAUCAAGUCAUACAUUUCAAAAAUAGAGCCAUUAUUGCUCACAAAAAAGGCUUUUCAAUAAACAAUCUAGGAAAUUUUGCAUCAAUUUGUUACAAACCUGGCAGAUUACCAUGGCCUUUAAAAAUUUCAUCGUUAUCUCGCACAAAAGAUACAGUGCUAAAAUUUAUACACGAUGCUCAACUUCAGUGGCCUGUUUUUAUUUCCUCAAAAUUAGCGUGAUUAAAUUAUAUCUUGUGGAAGAUAGAUGCUGGAAUUUCUCUUUUAUUUUCUUCAUAUUUAUUUGGGGCAAUUCACCUCAACCCCCAAAUGGACAUAAUCUAUUUAUGUUAUUGGCGAGGUCUUCUAAUUAUAAAAACGGUUUAAAAAAUACAGUGACUUACGAACCACCUGGUGUCAAAGCAAUACCAAAUUAAAUGGGCUAUUCAGUCUAUACGAGUAUUUACAAAAUUACGAAAGCAUCGCAAAUGACAUAUUACUCGCAUGGAUAGCUAUGUAUUGGAUCUAUCUAUUAUUGUUUAAAUACAUAGAUCCCCGAAAUUGCUGUAGUUACAAUCAAAAUAAACUGUGUUUCCGCCAUAAUUACCACAGACCACACCGCUUUUUCUGUGAUGAUAUUGCUAAGUUAUUAUCGCGACUUCUUUCACAUGAACACUGACAAAUUAUUCGAUUUAGAUCAAAGUUCCUAAUUCACCAUAGAUUGUAUUGUGUAAGAUUGGUCGUUUCCGCGGAAAUAUUGGCAGAGAAAUAGUAGAAAUUCGCUUGAAGAUCAGAUAAUUUUGUGACCACCCGUGGUGAACAUAUCUAUGGGCUAAGCGGCAAAUUAAUUUUGCGAUAACAAGCCUACACAACAAUAAACCUUUAAAACGAGCACUUUGUAUAGUGGGUCUUACAAAUGAUAUAAGAUGGCAACUAAUUCAUUAUAGAAAUAAUAAGCAAAAUCUAAAGGAGAAUAUUGGUAUUUCCCCUAUGUAUGAAACGAUAUACAAUACCUAGUUAUUGAAUAUUGUUAUUGGAGAUAUGGAGAAAAACCGCAGCGACAACAUUUAGUCUUCGACUAUUAGAAAAAUUGACUAAUAAGGCUUUUCAUUGCCCUUGGGAUAGAGAAGCGAGAUAUAAGCAUUCACAUAGACAAAGAUUGCUUUAUUCUGCAUUUGAAUGAAAUUUGAUAGAAGGAUUAAAUUUAAUUUUAACGAGUUGCACUUGCACGGGCAACAAAAAAAAAUGUAAUAAAGCGCAAGAUAUUUUGUAUGAAAUGCUUCUAGCAGGAAUAUCUUGAUUGAUGAGUGUUAAGAUAAAAACCAAAAAAAAGUCCAUUUAAGCUAUAGGGUAAAAGUUAAAUUAGGUUUUUCAUAAUCUUUUAAGAGAAUCAUAAUCAUCGUUUUUUCACUACCCUUGAAAAUCACGAUUACUGGUCUAUAUACGUAUUCCUAUAUUUUCAUUUUAUUUCUUCUCCUAGCAUAACCCCCUCUUCCUCUGUCCAGGAAUGGGCGUGGCCUCCAAUGGCAGUAUUAUAUCGUAUUUGAUGCAUCUGAUUGCAGUUUGUUCAAGGGCCAUAGGAUUGCACAUUGACGCAGCAAGAUGAAACAAAUUGUACCCUUUGCUCUUAUCAUAAUCGUAUUAGAAGCAUCUCACAGCUUUGCAAGAAUCAUCUAUGGGCGCUCAAUAACGUGCAGAAAUCUUUAUUUGACCACCUUCCCGUCAUCCAAGUGCACCAAUGACACAAACUUUACUAAACUUGAUUUAUCGCACAAUAACAUCCGACGAAUCAAGCAAGGAAUGUUCAAUGGACUUGGAAACCUUACAGAUUUAUACUUAGCGCACAAUGGGCUCGAGGGGAUCUCGAAAGGUUCAUUGGACGGUCUCAGAUCACUGCGAACACUAAAACUUAAGGGAAACAGUAUCAAGAAAAUCCCGGAGUUCACCGUCAAGUCAACCAUUACUUACUUGGAUCUUCGAGAUAAUCCGCUUACAGAGAUAAGUGCGUCUGGCCUUAUCAACUACCCCGAGCUGAGAAUCCUAGACCUGUCAGGGACAAAGAUUUUACGUCUGCCAUCAAACGUGUUUCGCUAUAAUCCGGAUCUACAAGAGCUAUAUCUGACUAACACUCCUCUUGAAUACCUUGAUGAAGACGCAUUUGAGGGCAUUUCGCUGCUACGCCUGUCCGUCAACGCGACUAAAAUCACCUCCCUCCCAAGCAAGGGCGUCAGGACACUAAGCUUUCUCGACAUCCGCAAGGCAAUAAACCUGUGGCAGUUACCCUUUAAGUCGUUCGAGAAACUCAUCCACAUCAACGUGGAGUACCAUUUCCAUUGCUGUCUACUCAGCAAGCAGCACGACCCGUACGUGGCCACACCCAACUUCGAUAACUUCACUCAACUUCCGCCCUGUAACGACACAGAGCCCAGUCCCUUUCCAUCUGACCUGACAACCACUACUAUAGCUACCCCAACAACGCUCGACAACGAUGACCCAUUUAACAAAUUCAAAGAUCGCUUCCCGGUGUUAAAAAAUACAACGCUCGCGAAGCCUACUCCAAAGAGAUGCUCUAAUCAGUAUCAUAACGAGCUGCCUACCCUCGGUGGACCGCGCCCUGUGCUAGUAUGCUUACCCCAACCGGAUGCGUUUAACCCUUGCGAGGAUAUCCUCGGUACGGAUGGGCUUCGCGCGUGUUCGUGGCUUGUCGCGAUUUUCGCGACUCUGGGUAAUGGCUUCCAGUUGAUCGUACUCGCGAAUAGUCGCCGCAACUCGCUCAUGUACAGGGUCCUAAUGUCAAAUCUCGCAGUGGCUAAUUUCUUCAUGGGGAUCUACCUUGGCAUGAUCGCGACUGCGGACGCGUGCACGUACGGUGAAUACCAGAAUCACGCGAGGGCGUGGCAAUUCGGGACGGGGUGUAACGCGGCGGGAUUCCUCUCAAUCCUAUCCACAGAACUAGCAGUCUAUACUCUGACUAUAAUCACCUUGGAGAGAUAUUACACCAUAGUCCAUCCGCUAAAGAACGACAUGCACUUAUCAAUCAAACAGGUCGGGACUCUGAUGACGUGUGGGUGGCUAUUUGCGCUCACUCUCGCUACCCUACCCCUAGUGGGGAUUAGCUCGUACCAGAAGGUCGCCGUGUGUCUUCCGUUUGAUGUCGGGAAUCCUGUGUCGACGGCGUACGUAACUUUUCUGUUGAUCACGAAUGGCAUCGCGUUCCUGAGUGUACUGUUUUGUUACGCGCGCAUGUACUGUAGUCUCGGAGGCGCGCGUUGUUCGAGCGCGGCGCGCGUGGAGGGGCGUGUCGCCAAGCGUAUGGCACUACUCGUGCUGUCUAACUUCUCGUGCUGGUUUCCUAUCGCCUUAUUUGGACUUAUCGCCAUAUAUGGAAACCCUGUCAUUAAUGUACCGUCGUCAAAGUUUUUGCUAGUGUUCAUCUACCCGAUCAACGCCUUUACGAAUCCUUAUUUGUAUGCGCUGGGAACGAAACACUUCCAGCUAGAUGUUUUGGACUUGAUCAAGAGAUUUGGAUUUUGCCAAAGGCGAAUUGAUAAACUUAGUAAUAAACUGCUAGAUCAGCUGGCGUCGCUACCAAACACCUCUAAGGCUAACACAGGGAGUAGAUCGAGUUUGAACUCGUUCAGAGUAUCGCCUCAUAGUUCGUUCAACGGAAAGCCAUCGGAUGGUAAAAGACGAAGCACUCGUUCAAAACUAUCGACGAACUCCAGAGACAGCAGGUCUUCUUGUAUUUUUCUAAGCAUUCCCAGUUUCCCUUGCGGGGGUCAGGACAAACAAAAGCGAUACUCAUCGGACCUCGAUUCCAUGUCAGCCAAUGGAGACUGCGCAUUUGAGACACCAGAAACGGAGCCGCUAAAACCAGGAACAAGAAAUGGACGGUUGGAUUUGAAACUCCGAAGAUCGUCCGCUAGAGAAGUAAUUAUCGCGGGCUCGGUACUAUCUAAGAUAUCGUGUGAUUGCAAAGAUGCCAAGCACCCAAUCAGAGAGUGCCACAGGCAAACCGCGGGAGAAAUGAAUGACAAUGAAUCCCCCGUGGAGGAUGAUGAGUGGCAAAAACAGAAUGGAGGCUAUGUCCCGUCCGUCAUGAUAACUUCAUGUUAGGUAUAACAGAGAAAUUAUGAAGUGAAUUAUUGUAGUAGAAUAUAUAAAAAGAAAAAAAGGAAAAUGGACAGAACGGUAUUUUCCGUUAGACAUGAUACUUAAUGUUAGGUAUUACAGAUAAUUUAUGAGUUGAAUUGUUAGAAUAGAUUAUAUGACAAGAAAAAGGAAAAUAUACAGAACGGAGGUUAUAUUCUGUUUGACAUGAUGACAGAGAGUUGAUGACGAUUUUUUGAUCAAUAAAUUGACAAAAAAGAGACGUGCACUAGGGAAAGGAAUUCAAGUUAAAAGAAUUGUCGAUUUUAAUAGUGUAUUUAAAAAUAACAUUCAAAUUGCCAAGUGUUCAGGGAGGAGAGGGAGAUGAUGUUUGUGGCUUGACCGCUUGGCGCACGGGAUCCGAUAAGGUCGCAAACAUCCCUACCCCCUCUCCCUCAGUAAUAUUAGGUGCUCCAUCAAAUGGGGAAUUCUACAAAAGCAGAACUAUGUUUACGAGAAGGACAAAUGUAUUAAUAAAUGCUAUAUUUAUUUGA